GUUGAUAAUUUUAAGUGCGUGCUAUUUAUUUUCUUAGAAAAAUCAAGUAAAUAAUCUUUAAAUUAAAAAGUAGAGAAUCAAAUUGUGGGGGUUUUGAGUCAGUUUGAGGGGUUUGGCGGGCACUGGGCACUGGGCAGUAUAAGAGAAAGAGAGCAGUUUCCAGUAGUAAUUAGUUAGUGUAGACAUAGAGACAGAGGGAGAAGAUGCAGUUUAGAAAAGAACUCUGCAGAAAUUUUCAGCGCGGCAGCUGUCAGUAUGGUGAAAGAUGUAAAUUUCUUCAUGUUACUCAGCAACACCCAAAAUCUAACGCCAUUGGAUUUGGCACGCAGGCUGCCUCGCAGCAGCACCAACAAAAGUCCAAUCCUUUUGGAUUUGGUGUUCAGAACAGCCCUCAGUCGAAAGGACCCAAUAAUUUUGGCAAUAAACAGAAUCAAUUCAAGCCUUUUGAGAACAAGUGGAGUCGAUUCUCCCCCAUACCUACAAGUGGUGCCCCAUCGUCAUCACGACAACCUGAAAAUCAUUCCCAGUCAACAAAUCACAAAUGCACAGAUCCUGAAUCUUGCAAACGCUUAAUCGCUGAAGAUUUUGAGCACGAGAGCCCACUUUGGAAGCUUACGUGCUACUCUCACUGGAAAAAUGCUCCAUGUGACAUUGUUGGUGAUGUUAGCUAUGAAGAAUUGCGGGCAGCAGCAUAUGAUGAUGCUAAGCGUGGGUUGAACUUGCAGUCUAUAGUUGAGAGAGAAAGGAAUUUACUCAAUUCCAAGUUAAUUGAGUUUGACAAUCUUCUUCGCAAUCCCUAUACAGGGCCCGUCAACCCUGGUCUUGCUAGCCAAAGACAAUUUCUUGUGGCCACUCAAAGCGAACACUCUUCAACCCCUCAAAACAAUGCCCCUCCUUCAGUUUCCAGUUUUAGUCAACUAGGAUCAUCGGUUAAUAUGGGGUUUGGAACGAGGCCAUCGACACCAUCAAAUAAUGCCUUUGGACAACCAACUAAUAACUCAUAUUCUAGCCAGACAUCAAGUAUAUUUGGGACAAACAAUUUGCCAUCUGCUAGCGCUGGUCCAUUCGGUAGCCAACUUUCAGCGCAGUCAGUCAGAAGUUCCUUUACCUCAAACAUGACAGGCUUUGGCAACAGUGGAGUAAUUGGUGCCGGAAGCAACAAAUUUUCCAAUCCAUCAAUGUCAACCAAUAAUUUUAGCUCAUUGUCAUUUGGUAAUCAGACUGCCCUCCCUGGUGCCCCUGUUUCAUCUUCAAAUGCAGCUGAGCAAGCAACUGUGAACAUUCAGUUAAUGAAGAACUUGCAAAGUGAAAGUGUCACAGGCGAUUCAAGUGUUUGGUUAAAAGAGAAAUGGAUUCCUGGAGAGAUUCCAGAAGAAGCACCGCCAGAUGCAUUUUGCAUGGAAUGACAUGUGAAGAUUGCUUACAAAUACAAAAGCUCACUGGUAACGGUAUUAGCUGCUGUUAGAUUGUAAUGAAAUUAGAAAAGAAGGGAUCUGUUUUUGAUUAACCUAAACCUCAUUUGGUUUUCCAAUGACUCUCUUUGGGCGUGUGCUUUAUGUAUAUUUAUACAAUACAAAAUACAUAGUCAUAGGUUUAAGAAGGCGAUGGUAAUCCAAUGUAAGGGCAGAGACUGUAGAUACAUUUCUUAUUUA